GCCGCAUAGCCGACGGAAACUCGUCGGGUGCUCGUCAGACGCGACGCGUCCGUGAUCACGCACGGUGCACCACGCGAGAAAGAGGAAGGCCCCGUUGCGUUCGUUCAGUCAUUUCGGACGUGGGAAACGGGGAAGAUCGUUCCGAUCGUCGAGCACACUGCCACCGAGAACAAUUUCUCCCGAGACGAGUCCGAAGAAGUUUGCCGACUUUUUCGAUUUUGCCGAUUUUGCCGAUUUUGCCGAUUUUGCCGAUUUGCGACACGGGAACUGUCCGACCGAUCGGGCCCGCCGAUUGCGUGCCAGAUUUCCAUGCAGCGAGGGUGGAGGCAACACGUCCGAAGUGACUGACUGCAACGUGAUUGGCUGAAACACAUGGUCCGGUAAUCGUGAACAUGAUUGGAAACCGUCUCGCGCCGAUCGUCACCCUCGUCCUUGUGGUCCUGCUGUCGUCCGUCGAUCACGGUGAAGCAAUAAUAUGUUAUCAAUGCAACAGCGAAUACGAUCCAAGGUGUGGCGAUCCGUUCGAUCCGUACACUCUUGGGACCGUGAACUGCAGUUUUCAACCACGACUGGAGCACCUGAACCACUUAGAACCUACUAUCUGCCGAAAGAUCAGCCAAAAAGUGUACGGGAAAAUCAGGGUAGUCAGAGGCUGCGGAUACAUCACGGACGAGAGGGACAACGCGGAAUGCGUGAAGAGAUCGGGCACUCACGACGUACAGGCACACUACUGCUCAUGCACCGGUGAUCUCUGCAACUCGGCCGAAAGCCGCACGCCGUCCUUCUUACUGCCGUUGACGUCCCUGUUCACGGUCGUUCUGGCAUUGCCGAGUCUGUUACUUUCGUACCCGCUCGCAGCAUCUGUCUUAACUUCGCCGUACUUCUCCAUAGCCUAAAAUGAUUAUUUUCGGCCAUUAGCGGACACAAUACACGACGCCUAAACCGAGUCAACGAUUCAAUAGCGACCGUUCGCACCCGGGCCAACUCGUUCCCCUCCUGUUCCAUUUUUAAUCGAUCAGCGAUCCAGGAAUUAGCAAACAGGAAUAAUCGCGGAGAAAGAAGUUUCAGUUUCGUCGUUCCCGUGAGUCAAAAGUUCUUUCAUUCCUCUAUUCGGACCCGCACCGAUUGCCGGUAAAGAAGGGUAACGCGAGAUUGUCAACGAGUUGGCUACAGUUUACGGCCAACAUUGUCGCUCUUGUUUUUCCAAACGGGAUGUUUUCCAUUGUCGGGAAUAGAGAAGAGAAAAAAUAAGAGAGAGAGAGAGAGAGAGAGUAAGAGUGCACAAUACACCGAAACACACGUGAUCCGGGGCACGAACGAUUCACAAAAAAUAAAAAAAAAAUGAAACAACAAUACUCAUAGUUGAAUUACAAAAAAAAACGUAGUUGUAAACAGUGAUACAAACUGCCAGAGAUACGCGAGAUCGAUCGUACAUCGGAUAGUACGCUUCCCCGAGAUAAAUUCAAAAAAAUGGAAGAUUUGAAAUGAAAACGAAAAAAUCUAAGUGAAACACACAUACACGACUAUGGCCUCCGCGUGAAAGCAACCGGCGUCUCUCGCAUAAGCGUAGAAAGUAAAUAAAUUGAAAUAAACCUCAAGAUAUUUGUAUAUGUAUAUAUGUAUAUACAUAUAUAUAUAUAUAUAUAUAUAUAAUAAAUAAAAGAAUCUAUAUAUACAUAUGUAUACAUAUAUAUGCAUAUGGUAGCGGUAUCGCGAAUACGUUCGCACGUUUGUACGCUACUGCUGAGGAAAACACAGAGAGAAACAAAUAAAUAUAUAUAUUAUAUUUUAUUGGGAGGAAGCAGAAAUGGAAUUGCACGCAAGAAGGAUAUUACAGCUUAUUUUUAGAAAAGUAACAUCGGGUCGUUUUCGUGAAUGCGCAUGGUCGUCGUGUAACGAGCUUUGUCGAAUAGAGAGAACGGUGAUCAAAGGGAAACAUAUCGUCGCGUACGUCUAUAUUUUGCAUUUCGUUGACGGACAAACGAGGGAAAACGAAAGAAGGAGAACAAAAACGACGGUUUCUGCCAUUACGAUCACGACCUGUGUUCCGCUGAUUUUUGCAAUAAAAUGCUGUACGUAAAUGAUAGAUGGUAGCGGAGGCUCGCGAAUGAAAACCUGAUGUGUGCAUGUGUGUGUCUGACGUAUGACCGUUCCUAUGAAUGCAUGCGCAUGCGCGAGUGCUUGGUACACGCGCGCGCGCGCGCGUGUGUGUGUGUGUGUGUGCAUGAGAGUGCAAAACGCGCGCGGAAGGAAUGCUAAAGAAGACAGAAACACUCGGACAUAGUUUGCUCGAGAAGUAAACAAAUGUUACUAUUACUUCGAUCAUAGUCGAACUAAUAAAAAUAUAUAUACAUAUACAUAUAUAUGUAUGUAUAUAUAUAUAUCUAAGAACAGAAGAAAAAAACACGAAAAAAAACGUACACACAGGAGUCGUAACGAAACCGUAACGAAGAUGUAGAAUUGUCGAUGGAGAAAGUAGAGGAUAACGUAGAAUGCUUAUUGACAACAACAAUAACAAUAACAACAACAACAACAACAACAUUAACAUCAAAAACACAUGUCUCACCGCAGUACCUAAAUUAAUUGCCGCUGCCGCUGUUAUCACCGUGUCGUCUCGCCACCAUUGUUACACUAUUAUUACAACCGCUAUUACUAAUUACUAAUAUUACUACUGUCGGAAUUACCAACUUCUUGUUACCAUCAACAUCGUUACUGUUGUCAUUGUUAUUCUUUUUUUAUCGUUACUGUUAUGAUUGUUAAACAAUGGUUAGAAGAGCAACUAUGGACAGUGGACGAACGUCCCGCCAGACAGAAUAGAGAUAUCUGUACGUAGAGAUUUUUUCAUGCGACCACUUGCGAGUCCAGAUUGUUAGUGUUUUAAAUGGAAAAACAUGAAUUUCUCGAGGAAUGAGAACUCUAAGAAUUAAUAGCUGCCAUUUAUGGAAAUUCGAUUUUACUCUCGUUUUAAGAACAACGUCGUAAUGUUAUGGGUGUUUACUUUUUCAAGUUUACAUUUGGUCUGAUUCGUAAGUGUUCGUUAGAAGAAGCCCCAAAAUGCCAGAAAGA